AGGCAGCAGCUGGACUCCAUAGUUCAACUCUACAGAGCUACACCUGGGACAGGUGUACAGGCUGACCAGGUCCUUGAUGCCUUCUUAAAGGACCAACAGGAGAACAUGCGAGUCAUUCGGAGGACUGAGAAAGUUAUGACACAGCGAGAGAACCUUCUGAGGGAGGACAGAGUCUUGGCUGAGAGAAAGCGAUAUCAAGCAGAAGCAGUGGUGGCUCAAAGGAAGAUGGAGCAGAGGUUGGAAGUAAUUCCAGACAUGUGGUGUCCAGCAACGGCGCUCGAGAAUGCAUCCGGAACUACUUCCCAACGAGGAAGUGCUUUGUGUUUGACCAGCCUGCCUCCAAGGAGAAACUGAGGAUCAUAGACAAACUGACUGAUGCUGACCUGGAGCCGGCCUUUGUCCAGCAGACGCUUAACUUCUGCAGCUACAUUUUCAAACAAUCGAGAGAAAAAACUAUCACUGGAGGGUAUACAGUCACUAGACAGAUGCUGGGGAACCUGGCAGUGACGUACGUGGACGCCAUUCGGCAUGGGAGUGUUCCGUGUUUGGAGAACGCGGUGGAGGCGCUGUCUCAGAUCUAGAACUCAGCGGCGGUCGAGGAGUCUUUCGCCCUCUACAGGCAGCUGCUGGGAGAGCGGGUGAAACUGCACACUGAGACUCAGGAGGAGCUCUCCACAGUUCAGGACGGCUGCCUGAAGGAGGCGCUGCAGCUCUUCAUGAAACGCUCCUUCAAGGACGAGGACCAGAGCUACCAGAAAGGUCUCAUGGAGCAUAUAAGAAAAAAGUAUGAUGAGAAAUGUAGAGACAAUGCAGCACUCUCCCAGAGUCACUGCACCGCUCUACUACAACAGCUGUGGAACAAGCUGGACCACAACUCCUUCAUGAGACCUGGAGGAUAUGAAAACUACCGGGUCCAGCUGGACUCCAUCAUUCAAACCUACAGAGCUACACCUGGGAAAGGUGUACAGGCAGAACAAGCUCUGGAAAUCUUUAUGAAGGAGAAAAAUGAUGUGGGCUCGUCCAUCCUGAAUGCGGACAGAAGCCUCUCAGAACAAGAGAGGAAGCUGCAGGAGGAGAAAGCGCGUGUGGAGAUGGAGAGAUUUAAGGCAGAGGUGGCCCGUAGGGAACAGGAACACACAGCAAACUUUUUGAAGGCUGCAGAGAGAGCUCACAGAGAGAAUGACAAGCAACUGAUGCAGAGGAUGGAGAAGGAACGACGUGCUGUCCUUGAGCAGAACCAGAGAGUUCUCAACCAACGGCUGCAGGAGCAGAGAGCGCUGAUUUCAGAGGGGUUCGAGCAGAAAUCCAGGACGAUGGAGGCUCAAAUACAGUCCUUAAAGCAGGAGGUGGCAGCAUCCAGGAACAGGGGGGGUGGGGGGAGCACGUGUGUCCUACAAUAAAAUCCUGAGGGGUGAAGGUAUGAUCCUGCUUGUCAUAUUUGCCAGUUUACUUAUCAUCAAAUAUAUGAUAAUAGCUCAACCUGCAAAACCAGGAAGCUUUUUGGAGGCAUUAUGGGUGUUGCCAUGGAAACAGGCUGAUGGACAGCUUUUUCACAUCCCCCAGCAACAGUGACUGGGCUCAGCCCCCUGGAGGUGAGGGCAUAUUUGAUAGAUGAGAAAGCUGGAACCUAAUAACUGCAAACUGAUCACAAAAGUGAUUUGUUUGUUGUGUCACCCAGUGGGUGUAAAAGGCAAUGUGCUUAACUGCACUUUUUGUGGUUCCAUGUGGUUUUGGUUUUAAAUGUUACUGUAAACAACA